UCAAGUCUGCAGAAAUAGCUCAUUUUCUGCACAAUAAGUAUCCUGAGAGGACACAGGACUCUGCUCCUGUAGAAACACAGGAGAGGCCUUUUCCUCACCGCCAACAGCAACAGGCAAGCAUCAAGCAGCAGCUUGUCAAUGUGCUUCAGGAGCUGGAGCUGCACAAGUGUAUGUGGGAGGAGAAAGGGGAGAAGGUGGAGGAGCGGUGGAGAGCACGGGACCAAAACGAGCAAAAGAAAAGCCAGACUGGGAGCCAGACUCAGAUUCAAGAGUCCAAGAAGGUGGCUGUGGUGAACUGGUGGAAAGCCUGCAGCGUAGGGGGGGCUAAGGCCCGGACACAAGAAACCCCAUCUGUCCAAGAGGUCUCUGAGACACAAGCAAAGCUCCAUCAAGCAGAGCAGACGAUCACUGAUAUGAGGGAGCAGGUCCGCCACCUGCAAGCCUCUCUAAAAUCUGCACAGGAGUGCAUCGCCGAGCAGAAAAACAUCAGUGCAGUUCUUCGUAUCGACCAGGGAACCAACACUGAGAGAGGAGAACCAGACAGAGCUGUGGAGAAGGUUGUGAAGGAUCAGAGGGAUGCAGCAGUGGCCACGGAGAUUACAGGUGGAGCAACCUCAGAGCAGGAGCAAACACAGCUUCGGGUAACCACAGACGGCCUUCUGGCGACCCUAAAAAGGAUGGAGGCGAUGGUCAACAGCGCCCUGCAGACCGCUGAACUGGUGAGAGAGAGUGAGCAGAGGGUGAGCCAGGUGAGAGUGAGGAUGGAGAGCAUCACCCAGAGGGUGGAGGAGGCUCUUCACCGAGCAACCAACACUGACAAACAGCUGAACGUUCUGGAGGCCAGAAUCACAGAAGAACCAGCUCAGUCUCCAGGCCUCAGUCUGCCAGAUGAUCCUGGAACAGAUGUGGCAGGCUUUACGGAUGAAUCCAAUGUGGAGCCUGAAGAUGGAGACAGAACAGAGAGUCCUCCUCCAUCUCCUGUAAUCCCAGAAGUCAGCGAGCCUUCACAGCUACCCAUGAAUGGUGGCUCAGGACAAGGCAGCUGCAGCAAGCUCCAGGAAGAGGAGGAGGAGCAGUUGCUGCAGGGAUCUCCUCUUGAACAAAGUGAUCCUAACUCUGAGGAGUCCUGUGACACCCCUUGUGCUGCUGAAGAACCUUUUAUUUUCCCCUCCACCCGCUCGCGCCCCUCAUUGCCCCCCGCCAUGCCCACACUGCCCGAGGAAGAAGAGGACUCCCCAGAGGAGUUGGACAGUUCCUCAAGCUCUCCCAGUACAUUGACACCAAGUGAAAGUCGAGCUGUGGUCAUGUCUGCCCCCACUAUCGUCUACCCACAGCAGGCCAAUAUUGUCCAGCAGGAUGGGCGUCCCCUCGAGCAGGCCAGGCCACACAGUCCCAGAGCUCGUCUGGCCAGAAAAUCAUCUGGAGGACCCAUCACAACAGUCGACAGCACAGGUAAUGUGAUCGACCUGGUGAAAGAUCAGCUGCCAGAGCUGCAGCUCUCUGAGGAGGAUCGACAGAAGAACCUGGAGCUGCUCGAACAGGCCAAGAAGGUCAGCGACCGCUUCCUGACACGCCGUGGCCGCAGAUCCACCGGCAGCCUUACUGAGUCACCGACAGGCCUUUCUCCAACUCCUACCCCGUCAUCCUCACCAUGUUCGUCUAGAAGCAGCUCUCUGACUGUAGCUCCUCAAACUGAGGCAAUCCAUGUCAGCUCACAGUCGGUUGGGAAGCUUCUGGGGGUUCCUUCAGUGCGAGAACAGCAUGACUUAACGACUCAGGAUCAGGAGGGCAACAGACUGUUGGUGGAUUGGAAGCCCACUGAGAAGAGGAAAGUGUCCUCUGGGACUCUAACACCUCGUUUUGCUGUUCAGAAGGAGAACUAUGAUCUUUCUGUGCCUAAGAGUCCUCCAGCAGUUGGUAAAGGGGAUGAGGGAGCUGGUCGAAACUCCAACCAGGCCCCGGCCACAGGGGUGGCUAAGCCCGUCCCCCGACCCCCUACUCAACUGGCCCCCUGUACAGCAGAGAUCAAGACGAUUGGGGCCUUCCCUCCACUAAUGAGGGCUGUUUCUUGGGAUGCUGUAGGCGGCCUUAAUUCUAGAAAUGGAGCCCCAAGUUUCCCUCCUACACCGGAGGAUACCUUCUCAGACAAGCCGAUGGAUUCUGUCUUCAAGUCUUCAGGGUACAAGGACCUCCCCACCCAGCCGUUACAUAAACUGUCUAAACUGAAAGAGGACCACAAGCUGCUGCGUAACCAAAGCAUAGUUGGAUCCAAGUUACCAGAUUUGAGUGAAGCUGCUGAACAGGAAAAAGGUUCCCCAACCUCUACAAACUCAGCCAGUAAUGAGGAGGCGAGGGAGAAGUCUGACGCCAUGCCAAACAUUUCAGAUGUGAUGCUUAGAAAACUCAAACUUCACAGAGGUCUACCAGGCUGUGCACCCCCUCUCACCGAGAAAGAAGUUGAGAAUGCAUUUGUCCAGCUGUCACUGGCCUUUCGUAAUGACAACUACACUCUGGAGAUGCGGCUCAAACAGGCAGAGAGGGAGAGGAAUCUGACUGAGGAAGACACAGAGAAAGAACUAGAGGAGUUCAAAGGAGCACUGAAGAUGACUUCACCACAGUGGCAGAACCUGGAGCAGCGUGAGGCCUACCAGCGCCUCAUAGAGACCGUGACAGUGCUGCACCGACUGGCCACGCGGCUCUCCAGCAGAGCAGAGAUAGUUGGAGCGGUUCGACAGGAGAAACGUAUGAACAAGGCCACUGAGGUCAUGAUGCAAUAUGUAGAAAAUCUGAAGAGGACAUAUGAGAAGGACCAUGCAGAGCUGAUGGAGUUUAAGAAGCUGGCCAACCAGAACUCAAAUCGCUGUUACGGAUCGUCUGUAGAGACUGGAGAUGAUGGAGUUCCACGGCCGUCAAGAUCGAUGUCCCUCACCCUUGGAAAGGCUCUUCCCAGGCGUAGGGUGAGCGUAGCGGUGGUGCCUAAGUUUAACCUCCUGAACAUCCCAGGUCAGACUCCAGCCACAGCUGGCCCGGGCUCAGGACCAGGACCAGGCCCUAACAUUGGACCUACUGCUGGCGCUGCUCUUCCUGUCCUGUGUGAAGCGAAUGAUGUGAAGGGCAACGCUCCCACAGAGACAGCACAACCAGCAGCAGAAUGUGGAAAGAGUGUGUCGGAGCAGGAAAGUGAGCCAGCCAAGCCUGCAGUCAACCUAGAGGAGAUCAGAGCCGAGAUCAGAGCUGAGAUCAAAGCGAAGAUCGAGGAGGAGGCCUAUAAUAAAGGCUACCAAGAGGGACUGAAGCAAAGUAAAGCGGUCAAGGAGGAGAAGGAAGAAGAGGAAAACGCUGCAGAGAAAUUGCUGGAAUUGAAAAAUAAGGAUGAAGAGAGUGGAAAGAAGAUAAAGGCAAGCAGGAGGAUGGAGGAAGUCCUUGUUCUUCUUGGACGAUUUUGUCCCAAGGUUUCCCUGAGUCGGCGUGUUCUCUGGUUCGCCCUGACACUGUCUGUGGUGUUGUGUCUGGUUAUCAGUAUUUUUACAUUCUUCAGUGACUACUACAACAGACGUGAGGACACGUAAGCAGAGCAGUGAUUUUGUGCGAGGCGAGAAUGAAGAUCUUUGGACUAAGUGUAGCAGGACAACCAAAGAACAGAAUAACAGAGACGUCAGUCGUCCUCUGUCUCUGUCAGUUUACCAUAUCACCACACUUGAAUCCAUCAUGACCCGAACACUCAAGGGCCAAAGACUUUUUGAAAGGCUUCAUGGAGGAUGUUGUCUUCAUGAUUAACAGCAUUAAGUUAUAAUUUUGUUUGGAUUGAAAAAUUGACGAUUCAUGGCUGCAGCGAGAAAAAAGAUUAUUUCUGUUUUAGGGACCAAUUAUAAAGUGUGAUAAAGUAUACAUAUACACAGUCUAUAUAUUUAAAUUAGAUGCAUAUGUAAUGAUGUUUUGGUUUGGGUACUUUUUGAUGAUGAAUAUGGCACUUUCACAUUAAAUGCCGCAAUAGAAAAUUUGUAUAUUUAUCUACACUAAGAAUAAUCUCUCAGGUCCAGUAGCUAAUAAAGCCUUUGAGAGAUUUUAAAGUCAUAUUUAAAGAUAUAGAAAAUAAAGGAAUGUUUUUACGUUUUGUUCUAUUUCUAUAAUGUGUAUUUAAAGACUUUAAAAUAUAAGCACAUUCGAAGUGCAAUAUUUUGCAGCUGAUGGUUCUCGUUUGUGCCAUUUUGGAUUAUGUCUUCAGAGCACUGAGAGGUUUUCUUGUAUGUGAGCACUGUUUAGAUGGUAUGAGGUUUAUUUUUAUCUUCUUUGCACAUGUGUGCCUACCUGUGUUGUUUGUUUGUUCUCUGUGGGGUUUAUGCUCUGCCACUUCACCUUUAAAUAAAGGUGCUUGAAAACA